CUCCGCUUCGACCUACCAGCUCCAUCUUCCACCUUCAAGAUGUAAAUAAAUCAAUCACCAACGCGCCUACAGCACACUACACUGCGAUAAAUACAGAUGCCACCUACGCAGAGAUUCCCAACUUACCGCCUCCACACAAUAAAAUCUCACAAUGCCCCGGUAAACGCAAUCUGCUUCUCCAGCCCACCAGGCACGUACAUUUUAACGGGCUCCUCCGACCGCUCCAUCCAUCUCUGCCGCGCCCUCCCACCCUCCUCCACGACCGUCCCAGCCACAACGCCCAUCACCACCACCCCGAUCCAGCGGUAUGCCAAACAUGGCUACUCUGUGCUCGACCUCGCGGUAACGGCGGAUAACGCGCGGUUUGCCAGUGUAGGGGGUGACAAGCAGGUAUUUUUGUGGGAUGUGGAAACGGGGACGACGGUAAGGAGAUGGAGUGGACAUGAUGCGCGGGUUGAGGCGGUGGAGUUUGGGGCGGAGGCGGAUUCGAUUGUUGCUAGUGGAAGCGCCGACACAACCUUAAAACUCUGGGACACCCGCUCCCUCACCUCAAAACCCAUCCAAACCCUCUCGGAAGCCCGCGACACCAUCUCCUCCCUGAGCAUCCACAUGCCCACGGCCAGUAUAAUAUCUGGCAGCUACGACGGGCGAAUCCGCAGCUACGAUCUGCGCAUGGGCAUGGUGAACGUCGACGUCAUGGGUCACGAGGUGACGAGCGUGCGCUGUUCGGAUGACGGCAAUAUGGUGCUGGCGUCAUGUCUUGAUGGGUGGAUUCGGAUGGUUGAUCGGGCGGAUGGGAGCGUGUUGAAGGCGUUUGGGGGUGGGAGGUCAUAUGCUGCGGCUGCGGCUUCGGCCUCAGGGCAGGCAGAGAGUGUCUCUGCGGCGCCUGCUGCUACUGCUACUGCUGCUACUGCUGCUGCUGCUGGUGGGGAUGAAACGCCGCGAUAUGUCAAUAGUUCGCUGCGGAUUAGAUCUUCGUUUGCGAUGGGGGAUAGCGUUGUGUUUAGCGGUGGAGAGACAGAUGAGAAGGAGAGUGCCGUGAAUGCCGAGAGCCAUGUGUUUGCGUGGGAUGUAUUGACGGGGGAUGUGAUUGCGAAGGUGAGUGCGGGGAAAGGGGUGAAGGCGGUUAGUUGUGUGGCGUGGAAUGAGAAAGGGGGUUGCUGGGCGGGGGGUUGUUCGGAUGGGACUGUUCAAGUUUUUGGAUGACUUCGGCAUUUCCUUUCCCCGAAGUACCUCGUUUCACACAGAAAACGAACCUGUUAACGAUCCAUAUAUAUGCUACGUUGUCAUGACCAUUCUAAUUACCUCACCGUCCCGGCUGACAUCUGCCAUCUUGUAUUAUUAUAAACGCCAGGACUAAUCCUAAUGGGCCUUCCAUUUCAUAUAUCUGCUAGUCAUUUAUCAUUUUCAAUUACCAUUCAAUCCCAUGAAACCUCGCGCAUAUUCUGGUUCGAACAAAUAUACCCGUAUCCGGUGUUUUACAUUCCGGGAGGAUAACUCAUCUAAGAUACAUCCCUCGCAAUCAUAGCCCUACCCAAUGAAAAGACAACUUAAGGACUCUACCCAUUCAUUGAUUGGUGAAGCAUUAACAAAUACAAAGUAAGCCAAGUAUAAUUGAGGCCUCAUGAUUGCGAGUGGACUUGAGCCAUAGGCGACGUGGCAAAAGAAAACCAUUUGAUUCCAUAUACUUUUCAAUAUAAACACUACAAAUGUCAGGGAUUGAAUUAUAUCCCGCUGCUUCAAAUAUGAAGAUGUCAAAUUUUUCGAUAGCUGAGGCGGCUGACGUCGUCCUUACCUCUGUUUGCACUACAAUAUUUCCACACUCAACAUACCCUACCUACCUACCCAACUUUUAUCUCUCACACCCAAACCACGCUCUUUUGAUCCCAAAUAUACAUACUAUGUUUUUUUGCCGUCGUUCCAUCAUCCAUGUAAGAAGAUAUAGCAAUGGCUUUUUUUUUUUUUUUUAUCUUAUUCUGGUUUUUUUUGUAUUCGUUUUGGGUUCAUAAAGCAUUU